GUCUGGUUACGCGAGAUUUCGCGGGAGCACUCGUGGUCAAACUCAAUGGUAUAUUGUUAUAUUUUGUUGAGAGGAAAUGCGAAGAUCACUUUAGAGAUAUCGUUAUGACUUUAGGUUGUAGAAUCUUGGUUCUGGAUGGAAGCACUCUGGAAGAUCAAAGCUACACAUGGAGUUUUUGAGUGCAACAUGCUAAUAUCUUUUAGUUCAUUUUCCCUGGAAAGAACUUUAAUCUGUUAGAUGUUCUCUCAUCUUAACCAAGCUGACUCCAACAUGGCUCCAAUUAUUGGACAAACAAAGAAAAUUCAUGAUGGUAGCUCACACUCCCCUUUGUCACCAAGACAGCAGAGAACAUUUACAUUUGAGCUAAAGGAGACAUUUGUGCGACAAACUGUAAUGAUGUCACUUUGGUACCUUUUUAGUUUUGGUUCAAUUAUAUCAAACAAGUACAUCUUGUCAACGUUAGAUGGUGAUGCUAGCCUGCUUGGGGAGACCCAAAUGGUGUGUUCUGUGGUUUUUGGAGCACUGAAGAUGUAUCUGCCCUGUUGCUUGUUCCAUCGGACUUCAGGGCAUCACCAAGAUGGAUCUAAAUUUCAUUUUUUUCGUAACAUGGCCAUUUUAGGUUGGAUGAGGUUUGCUACAAUAGUGUGUUCUCUCAUUACUCUGAAGUAUGUGGCUGUUUCUUUCUCUGAAACCAUUAAAUCUUCAGCACCAAUUUUCACAGCAAUUAUAGCUUGGUUUAUGUUAGGUGACAAAUCAAGUGUAUUUGUUAAUCUUUCUCUUCUUCCAAUCAUGGCUGGGCUAUCACUUUGUACUGCUACUGAGCUUAGCUUCAAUAUGGUUGGAUUUAUUUCUGCUCUUCUAAAUAAUGUUAUGGAUUGUUUUCAGAAUGUGUUUUCCAAGAAGCUUCUAAGUAGUGAUCAUCCCUACAGUCCACCAGAACUUCAGUUUUAUACCAGUGCUGCUGCAAUUGCUGUUCAACUACCUUUCUGGUUUUUCCUGGAGUGGCCUGGUGAAAUUAAGUGGACAGAGGAUAGACAUUUGAUUUUUAUGUUUCUGUUGAAUGGAUUUAUGUUCUACAUGCAAAGUCUCACAGCAUUUGGACUGAUGUCUUUGCUUUCUCCAGUUACAUUUAGUGUCUCAAACACAGCAAAGAGAGCCUUGUUGAUUUGGUUGUCUGUCUUAGUGUUUGGUAAUGAGGUAACAACCCUUAGUGCCAUAGGAACUAUUAUGGUGACAUGUGGAGUCUUCCUAUACCAAAGAGCCAAAAGUCACCAGAAAAAAAUCAAGCAAAAGGACAGAGAAGACAAAGAACACGAGGAAGUCUAAACAAGGGUCUCACUGUAGAACAUGCUGAGAGAUACAGCUGAUUUAGAUCAGGGUCUAGGGGUGGAGUUCAAUGAGGCCUUGGUAGGCUUCUUUAUUUUUUGAGUGAUUGUCAGAAUUUGUUGCCGAGACCCUUUACAGUGCAUUUAACUUAUCUCAGGCCAAUUGAACAAUGAAAACCAAUAGAGGGUAAGACUGAAAUGAUAAAUUCCAAGGUGUACUAAUCCAGCCAGUCAUAUUUUGAGUUCAACAUAAUGAAACUUGUUUGUUGAGCGGUGACAAUCAGUUAUCUACAGUGUCAUAACAUGUCAGAAUCGAGAUUAAAGUGUUGGUCUACAUUUGGAGGUACUUCACUCAGUUACUUCCUGUUUGUUGGCUGAAUCUUUGCCCAACACUCCUUCCUGAAUUUGUAGUUGCUUCUGGUAAACACUUUUGGGAAGAUCCACUAGGCAACACUAGUUUAUACAUGUAAAUAAUCUGUGUGUGUGUGUGUGUGUGGACUAUAGAAUGUGUAAUCCAAAUUUGUUCUUUAUGAUUUGGUGUGAACAGAUCCUUAGCCACAAUUUUUUUCUACAUAGUUAACGUGACUAAGCAAUAUAGAUGCUGUGUUAGGUUAAGCAAAUUGUAAUAAAAUGUAAAGGGGGUAAGUUUCUGAAGAAACUGUGGUGUUUUAUGGGUGGAGUAUAACAAGAUAUAUAACAAUUUGGUUUUAUCAACUGUGUUGAUGUAAAUUGGCCACUAUAAAGAGUUUCCAAGCUGACAUUUUGAGUGUUUGCCCUUCAUCAGAAACUACCAAGGAAUAAUCAAAUUGAGGGAAAUUGCUGGCCUUUAUUUGACUGCCCUUCAUGUAUGAUAUGGGUGUUUCUUACAUACUACACUCAAAGGUGAGAAUCAGAUAUUUUAAUAGGGUCACCAAGCAGGCCCUUUAAGCUAUUCUGUUUUCAUUCAAGAUAGGGGUUUCACUAGUUUUGAAAAUUAAACAGUGAAAAUAUCAGCAUAAGAAAGAAAAUGGACUGAUAAGUUACCAUAACCUGCUAGUCUAUUCUUUAAUUUUGUUUUUAAAAUAAUUAUGGCUUUGGGUCCAUUAAGUUGCUGGAACUUUUGAAAAAGGGGCUCCUGGACUGACUAUAUUCGCAGAAAGGCAACAUAGUUCAAUCAGCCUUCUCAAAAAAAUUUCAAGGAGUUGGUUGAGGUGCCAACAGCACCCUUUGAGUGCCCUUCAGGCACGAGCCUGUAGGGGGGUCCGGGGGCAUGCUCCCCAGAAAAUUUUGGAAAUUUAGAUGCUCGGAGAUGCAAUUUGGUGCAUAUUGGGUGUGUUGAAAGGGAAAAAAGUAGAGUGUAAUUAUUAUAUAAGAUUUAAGCGGAUCACGCCGGCUAAACGCACUCUGGUGGCUUUUCUUUAACUUUCUUUGUUCGCGUUUAAUUUUUCUUGUUUUCUUUUUCAUUUGUUGCCGUUAAGAAUUAUAUUUUUUGACUGAAAAGAGACUGCCAAGAUUUGAAAGGAGGGGGCUCGUUGAGCCGCCGACAGGCCAGUUUUGAGAAGGCUGUCAAAUGAUACUAUGGUUAGAUUUUUUAAUUUCUUUCAUGGCCACAUACACCAUGUGAAGCUCAAUUAUACUUAAUAUUUAGGGUACUUCACAGAUCAAUUAAUCACUGAGCAGUUACAUGCUUCUUAUGAUCCUUUAGUGAAUUUUUGUCUCCUAACCCUUUUACUCCCAGAUCUUAUUAGCAGUUCUCCAUACUGUCUGCUCUAAAAUCCUUAUGAUGUUAGUUUAUAGAAUUAAACAUGGUAUAACUACAUGGAUGACUACAUGGUAUUAGACCAUGUAGUCAUCCUCUGGUUGAUAUUUUUCUUUAUUCUCAUUACUUCUCUGCUUGAUAUUAUAUGGAUGUUAUAGGGAGAAAUUCUGUCUUGGUCACUCAUAAGAGUCAAAGGUUUAAAAAUAGACUAGCUAAUACUAUUUAUAUUGAGAACACAAUCAACUUGAUGUAAAUUCCCUAAAUGUAUUUUGAAGGUUUUUUUAAACUUUUGGAGUUUCAAAUGUCUUAAAUUUAACAUAUUUUUCUCCAAAAUCACUGAAAUAUGUUUUGAUGUAUUUUCAUAUGGUUGGCAACCCAGAUCCUUUCUUUUGUAAUUAUUUCUGAUUAAAACUUAUGUACUAGGUAUGGAAAAUUUUGUUUGCAUCAUAGGAAAACAUCAUUUUUGUUUGUUAAUUUAUUUGUUUUUACCUCAUGAACUCAAGAGGCAUAAAAGCCUGUUGAAUUGGUGACAAUUAAUGGUAUGGAUCAUUUUAAUGAAUUUAUAAAAUAAAAAAAUAUAGACGAGAUGUAUGAAGUUUAUAUGAAAUUAAAAAAUUACUGAAUCCUCAUAAAAUGUUGAUUUUGAU